AUGUCGAGCACACCACUGCAAGACGCAGCCGAGGCACGCAAGGCCAAGCUCGCAGCACUCAAGAAGCGCAAGACGCUCCACGACUCGGGCGCACCCAUUUCGUCCAACCUUGACCUUGACGUUGACGGCGACCACGACGAAGCUCCAUCGUCAGUAGUGGCUCACAACCUCUAACAUCGCUCAUCAACUCCGACUGACACUACCGGAACAUAUCCCGUUUGCCAGUGACGUAUUUCAAUUCCGCAAUUAUGAUCCAACCACGGGCACUGCGAGGAAGCAUGCACGAACCGACGAGCUCGACACGGUCGAGAAGCAGGUCGAAGGACUGGCUGACCAAGUCAUCGCACGCGACGAGGCGACCAGGGUACAGGAACUGGUACGUUGCUUCUGACCUAUCUGGCUUGACCCUCGGGAGACCGCUACCGUGGUCCUGCGAAGACUGCAACCGGACGGGACGGACCACCUAGUCCCCACUCACUGAUGAUCCGUGGUCCACCAUCCCGGGCUUCCACGCACAAGCGACCACAACUGACCAUGCCCACUCGAUCGGUCCCUCCUUAUGCAGGACCUCACAAAUAUUCAACCCAAGAAACCGAAUUGGGAUCUCAAGCGUGAUCUCGACCGCAAAGUGAGUCGCGAGCCGCCAUCACCACCCAUUCAUGUCCGAACGCUGCUGAUCACCUCGCUGUCAACAGCUUGGACGCUUACGCAACAAGACCGACCAGGCCAUCUCGCAGCUGAUACGGAAGCGCCUUCAGGCCGAGAAAGGUACCGAGGCCGCAGCCCAAGUCGGCCUCGUUUCAGGCUUUGAUGAUCGGGACGAGGAUCCCGAGUCGGAUGACGAGUAG